AGACGGAUUCCGGGAUUUGACAGUUCAAGUAUACAUGGAUUCUGUAUUUUGACACUUUUUUUAUUGUUAUACCUGCGAAAACCAAGCCAUCAACUUAAAAAACUAAAAAAAAACUUAAAAAAAGUUCUCAUUUACACUAUCUAAGAUAGAUGUUAGUCUGAUUUUAGCAUAAAUAUUGUGUUUUGCUAAUGUGUGUUAAUAUAAAAAGUGUUUAAAGGCAAACAAAAGUGAUCUGAAAAUUUAAGAAAUUGAGUGUGUGCAUACAUCCAGUAACAAAGCCAAAAAAAAGGACGGAAAAAAUAUACAUUGUAAACGUGAAAAAAAUUUUCAAUUCCAAUCGAACACAAAUUGUUUAAAAAAAACUAAAGUGAAUUUUUUUGUUGUUGUUGUAAUCCGCAAUUUGUCAAACCGAAAUUUUCACCUUUUAUUCAAUUCGUACGACAGUGUGAAAUUUACAUUUUUCUUUUCUAGUGAAACAUUUUGCUAUAACAGAACCUUGUCCUCUUGAAGAAGUAGCGACAAUUGGCACAUAAAUAAAAAGUAGAUGAAGAGGAAAAAGAAAAACGCUAACGUUUACUGUAACAAACAAACAAAAAAUAAUAAGAAACAUCAACAACAAUAUACAAAAAAUUCUGUUUAUUUGACGAUAUAUUCCCUAAUUUCCUGCUGGAUGAUUCUAAUCGCUUCUAAUCACCAUCGAAAUGACUGACAAAAACAAAAAAGGCAACAUCUACAAAAUGUCCAGGAAAGAGAAGUAUGAAAAUAGUUCACGACGACAACAAACAUUUUUGUCCCCUGAAGAUAUCGCAGCAGGGCGUAAGACUUUCUGGCAUGGCAUUGAGAUAACAGGCAAUGUUCGCAAUCUCAGUCCAACAUUGUGGCAAUUUGAGCAUCUAACUGCUGUUUAUAUUAACGAUAAUAAUCUCUUAAGACUUCCUAAUGACAUCGGUCUAUUAUGUAAUUUGAAAACAUUGGACGUGUCUAGUAAUAAGUUGCGUAGUCUACCAGCUGAGUUAGGCGAAUUAAUUCACUUAAGAGAGUUAUUAUUGAAUAAUAAUUUGCUGAGGGUAUUGCCGUACGAAAUUGGUAAAUUGUUUCAUUUGCAAAUUCUCGGUUUGCACGGCAAUCCACUGGGUAAAGAUGUAAUGUCUAUCUACAAUGAACCGAAUGGAACUCAGAAGCUGCUUACGUAUUUACUGGACAAUUUAACAGUGAAUGUGCCGCCACCACCUCAACGUCCGUGGAUUCCGUUGGCUCGACCAAAUCGAUCAAGGCCGACAUGUAUCUUUACGGUUAUGUGUUACAACGUAUUGUGUGAUAAAUAUGCCACCCGACAAAUGUAUGGAUAUUGUCCCAGUUGGGCACUCAGCUGGGAUUACAGGAAAAAGGCCAUAUUGGAUGAAAUUCGUCAUUACUCAGCUGAUAUAAUUAGUCUACAAGAGAUUGAAACCGAACAAUUCUAUCAUUUCUUUAAACCUGAGCUCAAAAACGACGGCUACGAGGGCAUAUUUUCACCAAAAUCUCGUGCAAAAACAAUGGGUGAAAAUGAACGUAAAUAUGUGGAUGGUUGUGCAAUCUUUUAUCGGACAUCAAAGUUUAUGCUGCUGAAAGAACAUCUAGUUGAAUUCAAUCAACUUGCUAUGGCCAAUGCUGAGGGCUCGGACAAUAUGCUGAAUCGUGUGAUGCCGAAAGACAACAUCGGACUGGCCGCACUGUUGAAAGUUAAAGAUUCGGCAUGGGAAUCCAUAACACCCGAACAGGCGCUAUUAACGCAACCGAUACUGGUUUGUACCGCACACAUUCACUGGGAUCCCGAAUUCUGUGAUGUCAAGCUGAUCCAGACCAUGAUGCUCGGCAACGAACUGAAAAGUAUUCUUGACGAAACCAAUCACAGUCUUCGACCAUCGCAUAAAUACGACAUCAAUAACGUACAACUGUUACUCUGCGGCGAUUUCAAUUCGCUGCCCGAUUCCGGUGUCAUCGAAUUCCUCAGCUCCGGUCGUGUGUCCAUGGACCAUCAAGACUUCAAGGAACUGGGCUACAAAUCGUGCUUGCAACGACUGUUGGGCACCGAAGCAUUCGACGAGUUUACGCAUUCGUUCAAAUUGGCCUCGGCGUACAGUGAAGACAUCAUGCCAUAUACAAACUAUACAUUCGAUUUCAAGGGCAUCAUUGAUUAUAUUUUCUAUUCAAAAACUGGUAUGGUUCCGCUGGGACUAUUAGGACCAAUAUCUAGUGAUUGGUUGCGCGAGCACAAAGUGGUUGGCUGUCCGCAUCCCCAUAUCUCAUCGGAUCAUUUUCCAUUGCUGGUGGAAUUAGAACUGCUCUACAAUCCAACACAAACCCCGAACGGUCUGAUCGGCCGAAGGUAGCAAUAGAAAUGCAAUGUCGACACACAAAACACAUCCACAAAAAAAACAGUAAAUAAUUGCAGCAACCAAACACAACAGCAAAACACAACAAAAAACACUAUUUUAAACUAGAGAAAAAAAAGAUUUAAGAAAAAAAAAACAAAAACAAAAAAAUGGAAAAACUGAAUGACAAAAACAUAAUUUUUUUAUGAACAAACGAUAAAAUGAAAAACCACAACAACAAAAAAAAAACCUAAAGAAACUUGAAUCAGAAAAUUAACGUAGAUAUGGUGAAGUCUAAAGCAGUUCGUUUCUUCUUCUUUUUUGAUGGUGCAGAUGAUGAUGAAAAAUUGUAAAUUAAAUUAUAUUUAACAUGGAGAAAAUGGAGAAAGAAAAACAACAUACACAAAGCAAAAAUUUAACACUGGAAGUAGUUCAGGUCCUUUAAGCGAUGUAUUUUUUAGUGAUUCUUUAUCAAUUUUGUAUCAUCGACAGUGCGUCCAAAAAGCAUAUAAUACCGGGAACAUUUUGCUUAAUUUAUUAUCGGAAUUUCAUGUUGCGGACGGGACGAGAAAGGGAUAAAAAUUUCAUUUGAAAAUUAUCAAACAAAAUGAAUUACCUAUUGACAACGAACAGUAAGCAUUUCCGAUGUUGCUAUUAAAUUUUAGAUUUUUCAAUUUUAUUUUAUAUUUACAAAUCAUAUGACCAACCAUCGAAAUAUCUUUACGGGUUUUUACAGUUGCGCUUUUUUAUCGUUACUGUUGAAGCAUUUUUUUUUCUUUUCUUCUUUUCUUUUUGUAUAAAUUAAUAGUAAAAUGAAACCAAGUUGAAAAGUUAAUGGUUAGAGUGUAUACUGAUGGAAGGUGUAACAAUUUUUGACAACACUUCAACCAUACUGAUUCUUAGGUAAUCAAUUUCAUCGAUUAAGUCUCUAUUUGUACAAUCAUUUUUCUUCUUAAAUAAAGUUUUUUUUUUA